UUGGGUGGUGAGAUUCGAAGCUCUUAAGAGUCUGUCCUUGCUGUCACGUUGCCAAACAUAAAGCCACCACUGGCCGCUCCCAAAUUUCUUGACUGGAAAUGUAUGAUGGUGGCUGUAUCCUUCCGAUGGAGAGACUGCCAGUGCACCAGUGCUUGGAGAUUUCGAUGGCCCUUAAGUUGAGGCUCCGUGUUCGUACGAUGGUAUUGUGGGAACGCUCAAAUGCCCUCUCAACAAGCAUCCUUAUUUCCACCUGCCUCCCGCUAUCAGACUCUCUCUCGAAAACUCCGUUCCCGUCUGACAAGCCCGUCUUGUGUUCGGAUUUGGAUGGAGGAUGACCUCACGGCCCACCUCCCUUCCACUCACAUGCUCGCAUGUGCUCCACAUGGUCAGGACAAGCAAUUGACCCCGCGCUUUCCGGCUUAACCACCCCGUGCCUGACCUAGCUGACCCCGCCAUGACCCCAACAAACAGGUCCAGAUCUCUUCUCCUCAACACUUGCGACACUUGACAGAUUCCCUAACUAUACAACCAGCACUCAGCACAGCAGGCACUAGAGAUUUCCCUUUUCCAAACCCUUCACACACUACCGCAAAAAUGGCUCAGAGCGAGGCUUUCCAGAAGGCUGUUGUCGACUCCAAGAAGUUGACUUCCAAGCCCUCCAACGAGGAUCUCCUCGAGAUCUAUGGUCUCUACAAGGUCGCCACUGGCGAGAAGAUUGCCGAUGCCACCAAGCCUGGCAUGUUCGACCUCAAAGGCAAGGCCAAGUACAACGCCUGGCAAGACGUUGACAACAAGGGCUUGACCCCCGAGCAGGCUCAGGAGCAGUACGUGGCCAAGAUUGAGGAGAUGAAGACCAAGUACGGCUAUGACGCCAACAAGGAACCCGAGGCUGUUGGCGGUAACUAGAUGCACCGCCGCCGAUUAUAUCGCGAGAGGUAUAACAUUGGCGCCAAAGAGCUGUCAUCUAAUCAUUGGAAAUCUAUUCAUACCCGUCAACGAGUUCAUCACCGAGCUGCGCACCCUGUCACUCAACUAUUUUCACGCAAACAUGCUUCACAUUCUUUUUCGUGCCCUCAGACUGCCCCUCACCCGCCUCUUCUCUCUCUUGAUAUUCCUCACCAUCUUUAGCCUUUGUUGGGAAUGGCUCUUUGGCCUGUGAUUCCAUCACACCACAGCUCCGGCUGAGAGGAGGACUCCCCCAGCUACAACAACGACGCCAGUGAAUACUCAGGUUCAUGCGGCCCCAAGUUCUGGUACCUCAAUCAUAAUAGUAUUGACGCCAACGGCGUUCCAAAAUGCCAUAGCUGCUUAUCGGCAAGCACCCGCACCCGCAGCUGCGAACUUUAACAUGUCGGUAAACCCGGCCUUCACGUUGCCGAAUUAGCCGGAUCUGCCGGUGCCGGGAGCGCCACCGCCGAAGCAAAAGACGAGGGUGAGGUCACGAACUCUGUAGAGGGUGGUUUGCCUGGGCCAUUUUGGGUGUUUUUGGGGAGGUAUUGUGUCCUUAGGGGGUAGGGAGGGGUAUGUGUAAGAGGUUUGAUGAUCAGCGAGAGUUUGGUGUCUUGUAUUCAGAUUGUCGGUCUUGUUUGGGUCGAAUAGAUAUACCUCUUCAGCGAACAGGGGGGUUAGAUUUAUAUAGCAUGUUUUGGCAUGGGAAAUGAGGUGCUGUUCUUCGCGUGGCUUCGGAGAAGAUGUUGAUGCGUUAUUGGCUAAACAAAAAUAUAGGGUUAGAGUAGGUCAAAGACCAGCUCCGAAAAAGAAUCGGGCGCCGAGACUCGACGCCGGACCUCUCUACCAGCGUGGCCACCUGCUUGUCUGUCUCUCCCGGCGCAGCAAAAAAUGCUAGGAUGGAGAGGGAGCGUUGGAAGGUGCUGCCCCCGACAGUCUUGGUUGGUCUGUUCAGUACGAAUUGGACUCGACACCUUUCUUGAUGUUGAAGGCGAAUCAUUUUUCCACGGCGGGGAGACUAUGCUUCCGUGUUGGCGACAUUUUACUGAAGGCAUAGCCACAAGACUGAUGCCACAAGAACGAGGAGGGUAGAGAACGAGAAAGAACAUGUAUUGCUUCACGACAACUAACCAGCUAGCCAACACCAAAUCAGACCAUUCUAUCCAAGCCACCUCAGGUAUCAUCAGGUAUAAAGCUCAUCCGUCAAGCUGUUCAGCGCCAGCCCAUCCUCCGCGAUGUCAGGGACGUCAAUCAAGAAGUUGAGCGGCAUCUCCACAAGGUUACCCCUGAUGCCGCUGAGCCACAUCUUUAGCUCACCCACACCACCGGGAAAGUUCUCCCUGACAACGUGCCCGUAGUCGACCUUGCCGUUCUUGUACCCUUCCUCUGCCUGCUCGGCCGGCUCACCGGGGAUGACAAAGUGCUUGGAGAAGAAGUUGUCGUAAUCCUCCCAAGUCCUGACCUUGUCGUUGGGGACAGGGUGGAAGGCCCUGCUGAAGAUUUCCGUGUUGCGGCGGGCGGUGCCACGCCACAAGUUGAUGAAGUCGGGCGAAAGAGGGUCGGCGACGAGGCGGUCCGAAGGGGAGUCCCAGUCGUAAUGAUUGACCGCGUCGUGGGAGACAGGCGUCCAGUUGAUGUCAGGACGGUCGGGAUGCUGGUGGGGAACGAGACCGAGGUGCUUGCGGUAGAGGAAGCGGCGGAGGGAGGUGGCAAACUGGGAAGCAGUGUACGGGCGGCCAUUCAUAUAAGUUCUGAUCGGCGUCGGGUCCUCGAUGAUGACGGCAAUUUCGGAGUCGUGGUCGCCGAGCUGAGAGCGGUCGUUGAGGUUGGCAGAACCGCAGAUGACCAGCUGGUCGUCAGCGAUGAGGACCUUGGUGUGGAUGUAAAGCUGCUCAGAGACAAAGGAGUCGAGCUCAUCCUCGGGAAUACCAGUCCAUGGAACGCCGAGGAUGGACAGGCCGCUCUCCAUGUAGCAGGGCGAGACGGUGUCCCAGCUCUGGUCGGUCAGGGAAGUCGCGGUCGCUUGGUAGCGACGGUAGUAGCUAUUGUUCCCGCCAGAGUUUGAAGAGUUGUACCGGUCCUCAAAAUCGCGAUGGGCAGCUUCGUAGCUGACCCCGCUCUCGCGUUCGGCACGGGUCAUGAUCUGACUUCUGUUGAUGCGGUCAUAGUUGCGGAGAUUGUACCAGUUGAUGUACCUGUAAGGGUCAUGGACGCCUUCCCUCCUGAGUGUCUCGAUGAUACUGCUGCCGCCGCGGUUGAUGCUGUUGUACUGGAACUCCAUAAUCGCGCGGGUGCCAAGGGCACCUUCAGACUUGAGAUCGCCAGCAAAGGCAGGAACCGCAGGCAUCAUGAUAAUGAUCUGGAAGUCUUCAUUGUUUAUGUGAGCACGCAAGACACGAUCGACAAUGGCUUUGCCGAUCUUGUUGCGAACCGGUCUCUGCUUGUUGGAGGUGGCUGUGAUGAAGAACUGCGGAGAGGUUAGCGCCCGAUAUAGCCCUGAACAAUAAACAAGACCCGU